AUGGCUAAUUCAGAGAUAACUUCAUCCUCCACUAUCGAUUCCAUUUCACAAGAAUGGAAAGAAAAGCAAAUUGUCCCGAAUGAAAUUUCGCGUAAUGAUGUAUCGGUGGAUGAUAGAGUUCCGAAACUUUGCUCGGCUUCUGAACAUGCUGUUAAUUUCAAUCCGGACGAGUAUCUUCAAGCAUUUUAUUCCGCACCAACAAAAGAUGUAGCAAUGCAUACCAUACUUUUCUUUCUUCCCGGAAUUCUCUAUUGGAUUCCGGAAAAAAUUCGAACACUACUCGAUCUUGGAGCUGGUCCUACUGUUUAUGUGCCAAUAAUAUUCCGGAAACAUGCUAAGCACAUUUAUAGUGCAGAUUGUGCAGAACAGAGUUGUGAUAUGUUGAGAAGUUGGGCUGAAAAUAAGUCAUUAUUUGAGUGGACAGAAGUAUGCAAAUGGAUAGCGUCUAUUGAAAAUUCAAAUGAAUCACCAGAUCUCAUGGAACAGGACGCUCGUAGCAGAUUCAAAGCUGUUCUGAGAGUUGAUCUGCAUGCUGAACCAAUCAUCAAAUGUGUGCAUUAUAAAUGCUCAGAGGACGAUGAUAUUCCACAACAAUUUCAUGUUGUUGUGUCCAUAUUUUGCUUAGAAUAUUCUAGCGAAAAUCUCGAAGGUUAUCGUCAUGCAGUUCGUAAUGCGGUAAACUUGAUCGAACCAAACGGAUUUUUGAUACAAGGUGGAGUUCUCCAAGCAAAUGACUAUUAUUUCGGAAGCAGACGGUACAAAUGUCAUUAUUUGACCAGAGAACAAGUUAUCGAAUCUCUAAAGGAAAACAAUAUGACAGUAGAAAAAAAUGAAAAUUUCAAAUGGUUUGAAUUCGACGACGUAUUCCUCUUAAUCACCAGGAAAAAGGCUUGA